AUGAAUGCUCUGGAGCCCUCUCCCACACACUACCCACCUUCGCUUCCCCCUGCCUUGGCUUCUCAUUCUCCGUCCUCUCAGCGGCCAACUGCUGCGGCCAACUGCUGGUGGGCCGAGCCCAAGAGCGUGCAGUCACACUUCAUCUACGUCUACGAGCUCCCCAGACGGUUCAACGUUGACCUCUCUGACCGCCUCACCUCACACCACCUCUCCGAUUUCCAUCUAGACAACCUCCUAUUCAGGGCACUGCAGCGCUCCAACAUACACCGCACAGUGGACCCCGAGGCCGCUUCCCUCUUCUUCCUCCCCGUGCUGCCCAUGCUGCACCUCGCCCUGCGCCUGCCCUCUCUGGAAGCCCCCUCCCUUGCGCUCGCUGCUGCGGCAGCAGGGGGAGGGGCAGCAGGGAGAGGGGCAGCAGGGGGAGGGAGAGCAGGGGGAGGAGGAGCAGGGGGAGGGGGAGCAGGGGGAGGAGGAGCAGGGGGAGGGAGAGCAGGGGGGAAUGGGCUUGAGCUGUCGUUAGAGCAUUGGGAGGCGCUGGCAGAUACUGGGCGUUAUGUGGGGGAGGCGUUAUUGUUUGUGCAGCAUCCCCCCCUUUAUGAACCCCUCUGUCCUUGGCUCUCCUUUCACCGGCCAACCCUCCUCCUACCCCGACCUGCUCUUCCUCUCACUCACAACACCCUCCUUUCAUCCCUCCUUUUCUUUCCCUCCCUGCCCCCCUCCCCUGCCCCCCUCCCCUGCCCCCCUCCUCUUCCCCCCUCCCCUGCCCCCCUCCCCUGCUCACCCUCCCCUGGCAGCAUCCUCCCUUUCGUCAACCCCUCUCUCCUCGGCUCUCUAUUCACCCUCCAGCCCUCCUCCUACCCCGACCUGCUCUUCCGCUCAGUCCUCCACCUCACCCCCACUGCCGCCGCCGCCGCCGCUGCCAGAAGGAGAGCAGCGGCCGGCAGCAAACAGACAACUGCUGCCGGUCGGUUGAAAGCUGCUCUGGCAGGGAAGAAGCGGCAGCAGGAGCAGCAGGAGGGGGUGGGGGUAGGAGAUGGGAAGGGGCGCCUGUCACACACCCUUGAAGUGGCCAUCCUGCCUCUCCUCCCCCUCACACCGCCCAUCCCCUCCCGGACGUGCGCAACCGCUCCCUCCCCAUGCCUUUCCUCCUCAGUCCCUCUAGGCUCUCCAACCACUCCUCCACUCUCCAGGACACAGGGAAUGCACUGUGCCUCACGUGGUAGUGAUGUGGCCAUUCAUCCCGCCUCUCCUCCCCCUCACACCGCCCAUCCCCACUCUCCCUACCUCCACACCACAUCACCCCCAGUUACCCUCUUCCUGUCUCCUCUUGCUCCCUGCCCGCCAGGACAGGGAAUGCACUGCGCCUCACCUGGUAACGACAUGCUCUCCCUCUACCUUUCUCCCUGCCCGCCAGCACAGGAUAUGCAUUGCGCCUCACCCGGUAACGACCUGGUCAUCCCGCCUCUCCUCCCGCUCACGCCGCCCUUCGAUCUCCUCUCUCUUCCCCGUCCCAUUCCUCUUCACCUGCCCGCCAGCACAGGAUAUGCAUUGCGCCUCACCCGGAUAUGCAUUGCGCCUCACCCGGUAACGACCUGGUCAUCCCGCCUCUCCUCCCGCUCACGCCGCCCUUCGAUCUCCUCUCUCUUCCCCGUCCCAUUCCUCUUCACCUGCCCGCCAGCACAGGAUAUGCAUUGCGCCUCACCCGGUAACGACGUGGUCAUCCCGCCUCUCCUCCCGCUCACACCACCCAUCCCCCCUGAUGCCCGCAGCCGCUCCCUCCCCGUGCUUGUUCUCCUCGGCCCUCCUCACCGCUCUCCACCCCUCCUCGCCCCUCCUCACCACUCUCCACCCCUCUCCGCCCCUCUCGCCUCUCCUCCUCCUGCCAAGGAUAUCCCCAACCCGGACCCCACCUCUCUUGCGCAUGCCAAGCACACACCCACGGACCUUGAUGGGACUGAGGGGCUAACCAGGCGCCUAUUGGGUGAAAGCGUGACUAGGCAAGCGGGUGACGGCGGCAAUGGCGGUGGUGGUGAUUGGGAUCGUGAUGGUCUCUGGAAAGCGGGGGAAGCUAUAGUUGAAUCGAGUCAGGAAUUGACCCGAAAAUCGACUCGACGAUCAAGUGGCGAUGGCCAUGGCAGUGGUGGUGGUGGUGGUGGUGGUGGUGGUGGUGGUGGUGGUGGUGGUGGUGGUGGUGGUGGUGGUGGUGGUGGUGGUGGUGGUGGUGGUGGUGGUGGUGGUGGUGGUGGUGGUGGUGGUGGUGGUGGUGGUGGUGGUGGUGGUGGUGGUGGUGGUGGUGGUGGUGGUGGUGGUGGUGGUGGUUAUUGGGAUCAGCACGGCCUGUGGAAAGAGGGGGAAGGCGAUGAUGUGGCAGCUGCAGAUGGGGUGGCAGGGGCAGAAGUGGAAGGAGGGGCAGCCGGGGAAGCAGGGGCAGCAGGGGGGUCAGGGGCAGCACGGGAAGGAGCAGGCGGAGCAGGGGAAACAGGGGAAACAGGGGCGGCAGGGGAGGCAGCGGCAGCAGGGGAAUCAGGAAAAGCUGAAGGGUGGAGGGAAGAUGUGCGGAGAAAGGAUGAGGGGAUUGGUCCUGAUGAGAGAAUGGGGGCAGGAACAGUAGGGAGUGGGUUUGACCGGGAGGCAGUGCGAGGGGCGUUCAUGGAGAUGGUGGGGACGAGCAACCCCAAGGGGUGGGCGCUGCUGCAGCUUUCCCCCCAUGCAGCCGCGGCAGCGAUGCAGGGAGCAGUGUUCUGUGUUUGUCUCCCAGAUGCAUCUCACUGGCACGAGAUGGUGUGCAUGGCGCAAGCUGUCGUCAACGGCUGCAUCCCAGUCACCUUCUUCCACCACUACCGCCACCCCUGGUUGCACUCGCUGCCCUUCAGUGCCUUCUCUCUCAACAUUGAUCCCAUGGACGUGCACGAAACAGCCAUGCGCCUCGAUGUGAUGCUGCUGGAUAUGAGCCUCCUGUGGCGCAUGCAGACGGAGCUACACUCAGUGCAGCCGAGAUUGCUCUAUAACGAGUCUGCUCCUAUCAGUGCUGUUGACCAGGUCAGUCACUCCCUUCCCUAG